AUGUUCACGGCUCUCCGAGAAUUCAGCGGCUUUGCAAUGGCUUUGUUAGAAGCCGACGAGGGCCAGGACGGGCUCGACAAAUCAGCGGUACCGAAUCGUCGACACCGAACCGUCACAACCCAUGCCUCGAAGUUUGCGCCCGCCAAGUACGAGCUGGUUCAUUUCACCAGAGACCCGACAGCGAACAUCACGCAUGCUCUUCGCCUGCCUCGCAACAAGGUGAAAGCAUCUCCUGCAUGCGGGUACUUAGGCGUCCAUUUGGACACUAGGCUGCGAUGGGACCAUCACCGAGAGAAAUUGGAAGCCAGAGCCAACGCCCGACUCUCUGCUCUUUCGGCCCUAGGAUCAUCCUCAUGGGGUACAGGACUGAUCAACCUUCGACAAGUGUACAGAACCAUCAUCGGGCUGCAGAUGUUGUACGGAUGCUCGGCAUGGUUUAUCCCCGGCACCGGAUGCACAAGUCGUGGAAGCUCCGUGAUCAGCGCUGCUCGAAAUGUUCAACGUCGCGCUGGGCAAAUCAUUACUGGGGCUUUAGAGACGACAGCAGGCUGCACGGUCGACAUCGAAGCACAUCUAUUGCCGGUGCUUCAACAACUCGAAAAGACGGCAAUCGAGACAACGAUGCGCAUCAGAAAGACACCGCUUUUCAAUGACGUGGCUGUAACUGUCGGUGAUCAGGAGACGGGGGAUAGGCUCCGCGACGCCGUGAGCCCUCUCGAUCGAUCCUCAACCAUUCUGGAUGACAGGUUCGGUGUUCAACUCAAUCAACUCGAGAACUGGAAACCACACGUCGUGCCGCCUUGGUGGACACCGCCAGUCGUACGCAUAGCAGAAACUGCUGCGAAGGCAAUUUGA